GUACGGCUCUAAUAUUUGAAUUACUCACGUUGUCUAGCCUUGAUUUUUGUGAGUAUUUUUCCUAAUAUUUUUAUAUGUAUGUACCUUACGCUACACUGCACAUUACAAUUGCUUUAAUCCGUAAAUGUGAUGUAUGUUUAGUGGUUAUUAAUAAACCCAACAUGUGGGUUGUAACUAUUAAUUGCGUAAUGAUAAGUCAGAUCACCUGUAAACUUUUCAUCCUCAGGGUAAAGACAGGUCUUGAGAUGCUUGAUUUCCUCACUUUUUAACACAUAGAUAGUGAAAUGUAGUUAGGUCUUCAUAUUGGCAGAAAGUAUGCGUGAAUAUAAGUGUUUCCUUUAUUUUUAAAAUAAGCCGAUUACACUAACUUCCGAACAGUAAUUAAUAAAGACAGAUUGAUUGUCAGUUGCCUUCAAUCAAUCCAAUGUCGUCCCGUUUAGACAGUUAGCUCGAUAUCGUAAGACCCCGUUUAUAAUUACUUCACUGUUGCUUCACAUAAUAAAAAUUUCUGUCAAACUAGUGACUCAGUCCGUAAUUACGUUGUAUCAAGCCUCUGUAAACUCUAUUGCUUCAUAGUACGGUUCGACUGAUUGUUUAGGUGCGUAGUGGCGUGCUGGCCUGCUCAUAACUCUGUAGUGAUCAGCCGCACACCUCGAUUUGACAUUGGAAAAUAGUUGCUAGACAAUAUUGUAGCUUGAACAAAUUUACUUGAAAUGUAUAAUUUUAUUAAUGCGUCCGUAUUCACAGAUAUUUUUAUUUAUGUUUAAUAAUCCAUUUGAUAAAUGCUUUCUUAGUUUGUCUUAUUGUCAAUCACUAAGAUGGUACAAGGUCUAUCUGGCCUAUCUUAUGAAGACAGACUGAGACACCUUAACUUACGGGGUGGUCUAAUAUUGGCCUGUCGUACACUGAACGAUGACCUUGGUAUUAACAUGUCUUAUCUUUUGCUUCCGUCUAGAACUGAUCAUUUGAGAGGACAUUCGAAGAAAGUUCAAAAACCGAGAUCAAACCGUUUACGUCUGGAGUUCCGUUUCUCGCACCGAGUAGCGAAUUACUGGAAUUCUCUACCGGAACACGUAAUAUCAGCACCGUCUGUUAAUAUAUUCAAAACGAGGUUGGACCUCCACAGUAUUACAAACUGCAAGGAUUAAUAUAGGUCGAUAGACCUCCUAUCCUUAUUACUGAAGACUAAUGACCAUUGCAUUACAUGGGGUGUGACGAUUUACGAUCAUUAAUUAAGUUUUCAUUGGGUACUUAUAAGUGGUUCUAAUCAAACCCAUGUAAUUGUAUGGUAGUAAAUUAAAGGGUAUUUCACACAUAGAUAACGUUCUCGAAAAUAUACUUUAAUAAUUAGUGUGGAUACAGGUACAAUACUGGUAAUUCAACGACCAGUUUUCCACUUCUACAUUUGUCUCACGCUCAACGCCAUUGCGUAAAUGUAAGCUCAUCAUGUUCCAACAAAUUAGUUAUACCAAAUAUCAUUAUUCUAAAACUUCAUUGAUGAUAUUAGUUUGGUAACUUGCAUCCUUUAAGUGAUUCUGGUCAUUUUACUGCAAUGAUCCAGACACAUAAAUUGUCACUUGAAGAAAGUCUUGAUUGUCUAAUUAAGAUCAUUCCAUGAUGUUAGUUACAACAAUCAUCAAGCUUUCGACGAUUUCCUUUCCCGAUAGCAUAAACUCAGAGGUUUAUCAAACGCCAAUCGAAAACUACAUUUGAUUUCAGUUUGACAAUCACAUCGAAACAAGCUACACAAUACCGAACCUCUACAUUACUAACAUGGCAUGUGUUCGGUUACAGCAAUGAUAGUGUAACUACCUUGGACAUGUCCUACGAAUGUCGUGUCAGAGAAUUCCACGUCGCGCAUUGUUUGCCGACGCUGGGACCAGCUGGAAAACCGGAGAGGUGGUUAGGUUGUAUCAUGGUAUGAAAGAUGUACAGAACUGGUCUCUGUUGGUCCUUCACAAUUCCCUGGUUGGGGUCCUAGAGAUGGUGCAACACAGUGGCUUGAGACGUAAUCAGACAUGGUUCAGAAUAGAAGCUAGUGGCGGUCUUGCCGUAACUUUUUACUUUUACUUCAUAAACAAUAACGUAACUUUAACUGAAAGGAUUCCUUCUAAUUGUGUUUUGUCAAUUAAAUUGCCUCUCCCAUUAUUAUUUCACUUACACUAAUUUCUGUUCGUCGUUCUCCUUUUUCUUAUACGCACUUUACAUUCUCUAACUCUUCAUAACAUUGUUAUUGUCUGGCGCAUAUGCAUUUGGUGCCCCACUUGUACCGAUAUUUGCGUGUUCAAAUAAAUGGUCAAUGGAAAAAGAUGGUUAUGCGCCCUCACUGCCUGUUUUGUUUAUGUACAGAGCCUUCAAAAUGUUUGUGGAAUUCACGGACACCCUCUCUCAGCAAACGAAAAAUGGCCCUGUUAUUAAGAAACAGCAAUUGUUAACCUGCUGAAAGUAUGUUAGUACCGUAGCAUUCGGCACAGUGUAAACAUAUGAUCAACAAAUCCACGACCAGAACAAAAGCCAAUCUAUUUCUUGUGAAAUAGUCUUUUAUUGGCUUUGAUCAGUCUGUAAAGUAUAGUAGUUUAUACCCAGUCGAAAGCAAACUUAUUCCCUUAUAUUUGUUCCUAGAUGAUGCAAGCCUUAAAGAGCAGGAGAAUUAAUAAUGUCUAGUCAACCGAUAUCCAGACAUCGGAAGCAGCACUUUCCUCGUUUAGAACGUCGAAAAUUAAUUACUCCUCUAUCUCAGAAUCUCCCUCUCCAAGAAUAUGAUUCAGAUGAAGAUCCAGUUUAUAUUUCUAAACAUCCACGAAGUUCAUUAAUAUCCACUAGUCAUAAACCAUUCCGUCCAGUCAAAACAGAUUCAAAAGAUACCAAUGGGUCGUCUGGUCGUCCUGACAAACGUGCUAGAGAUGAACACAAUGAACAAGAACGUAGUCGUCGACGUGAACUUGCUGUUAUUUAUGAAUUGAUUCGAUGUAGUUUUUCAAAUGAUGAUUUACGAUAUCUUGGUCAUUGUAAUGGUCCUAAAUCAGUUGAUAAACUAUCAUAUCCACAAGUUUUACAAAUAGCCUAUCAAUUAUUACGUGAAGAACAGCAUAAUUUGACUUUAUUUGAAAAAUCUUUAAAUGAUUUGAAAUUAAUUGAAAAAGAAUUUGUCCGUGCCGGUCUCCCAGUACCUGAAAGGCCUAAAUGUCCUUAUAUAUUAGAUACUUAUCGAAAAAUGGUUCAACUUGUCGAUAAUUUACUACGUCAUGACAAACUUGAGAAAACAAAACAACUUCCUUGUUAGUUCUCUUAAUUGUGUCAGUUUUAUUUCAUUAUGCAAUUAAUGCCUUCAUAGUUUAUUAAAGACUUGCUGCUUACGACAAAAGUAGGGUUUAUUUAUCCUUGUUUACUUUAUAUUUAUUAAUCUGAAAAUAAUUACCUUAAAUGAUUCUACUAAUUAGACUUGUCUCAACAUCCAAAUAAUUAACUAAGCAGUCGGUUUAUAUGUUCUAACUAUUUUUUUAACAUGUGUUUCUGCAUAGAUUCCUUCUGAUUAGAGAUAAAGCUUUGAGAUCAUUAACCUAAUAGAUCGUACUAAAUUUUAAAAAGAAUUAGAUAAACCCCAAGCAGUUCAAUGGUGUGUUACAUAAACUCCUGUUGUAAUUUCACUGGAUUUCUUUUGAUUUGUAAUUUAUUCAUAUAGAUGUGUCAUUCUGUUCCAAUAUGCUUUUGUUUACAAUAAGAGGUUUGUGGAGAUUGUAAAGUUUCAUGGUUUACAUCACGGAAUUUUAUAUUUAUAUUUAUUUAUUUAAAGACAAACAUUGGUACAAGGAGGCAGAAAAUGCAUAUGCGCCACAUAAAUCAUUCGAUUUGUGUUACGGCUAGGAUACUGUCCGGGAGCCCAAACCGAAGCAGGCAGUUUUUUUAGGGAGCCACACCCGGUGCCUUUGAAUUAAAGGUCUGAUCCACAAGGCAGUGGAGCAACGUCAGUCCCAUGGUGGCCGGUCAUCAACAAUAGGUUCAUGCGCCAUUUGUUUUCUUAGGAUCCUGGAGCCUAUGUACACUGGUUUGGAAUCGGGGUUUUCUUAACUCCCCUAGAUAGACCCACCGUAUCCAUCAACCUGGUAUAAACGCUGGAUAUUCGCUUUUCUCAAUUUCGUAAACAACAGUAAUGCCACGAGAAGGUAGUGAGUAGGACUUCCGUGGCAGUGGUUGUAUGUACGUGGCCAUGUGAGAGCAUUUGUAGAGGGAGAGCUGACUCUCCUCACUCUCGGCCGUACCAAGGCAUUUGUGGGCACAUCACGGAAUGAUGCCAGUUAUAUGGCCAUUCAAAACUAGGAAGCAAUAGACAGCUGUCUGGUUUUAACAUGAAGACUCUUCAGCAGUGCUCAUCAAAUACCUGAAGGUUUUGAACUUGGUCUGCGAUCUUGUCCUGGAUAGCAAUUUGUUUUCGCUAAAUCAAUCGACCUGAUAGUAAUAUUAUGUCAACUAUCAUAUCGAAACUCACACCCAAUUGGAAUUCCAGUCUUUUGUAUUAACAAUAUUUUGAUUAUUAUCCUAUUUCUCGACUGUGCUUAACAAUCUAAAUUAUUAAAAUAUUAACCUUCCCGUUUAAAAUAUUCUGUCAUCAUAUUGAAACUAAUUAGUCUGAUCUCGUGUUUGGAUUAGUUUCAGUUUACAUCACUGAAUUGUAAUAAUAAUUGAUAAUCUGUAGUAAAGAGAAUCACUUCUUUUGUUUUUAUUGAAAUUUGUUUUUCCUAUACCCUAAACUACUUAUUGUGUAUGAUUUUGUACUUUAUAUAUGUUAUCAAAUUGUACUUGAAUCUGAUAAACUUAACUAAUUCUAUACUGAUUGGUUUAAACAGUAAGUUUUGUGUCAUUUAGUUAUCAUGUUUAUUGUUUAUGUAUAGUUUGUUAAUGAGAUUCAACGACAUUUCUUCAUUUUAAAGUGUUCAUACAGUAUUUGUUGUUGUAUACUGUUAUCCGAUUUAAUUUUGAUUAUAUUAGUUAUUAUUUCAACAGUUGAGAUCAUGAGUCAAUUGAACACCAUUGAAAACCUGGAAGCACUGGACGGCCGUUUCGUCCUGUUGUGGGUUUUCCAUGGUGGUCUAGCUUCAAUUGACUCAUGAUCUCAACUGUAGAAAUUAAUACAAUCUCCACAAAAAACCCCUUCUGAUUAGUUGUUAUGUUUAAAAGGUGUUCUCAUUCUAUUUAAUUAACCUUUUUUUUUCUUUAAAAUAAAGUUUAUGAUUUUCCAUUGAUUCCGGGUUUUUUAUUUUUACAAAUUAUUUUCAACAG